AGUGAGGUAGGAAGGGGUCGCUCUAGAGUUCGGCUUGAUCGCAGACGUCAAACGUAAAAUGUUAUUUUCAAUAACUUGAUAUUUACGAUCGUUGAAACAUUUUAAAUGAGUAGACAUUUAAUAAAAAAGGAUGACACCAUAGUUUUUCUUAACUUUAUGGUACCUUCUCGAAAGAUAGAUAAAUUUUGUCAAAAUGUCGGACAAAAGUGAAGAAACGUUUUGUGAAAAAAUGCGGAAAGCUACAAAAAAGGUUCAUACAAUCAGUGACGCUUUGGUGAAUACAAAAUUAGCCUUUGGAUUUCUCGAUGAUUCUAUAUGGGCUGAUGGUCUUUUGGUGUUUUAUGAAAUUUUCCGAUACUUGGAAGGUGCUAUGUUUAGAUUGAGCAAUACCAAAAUAGGAUUAUUUCCGCUUGAAAAAAUUCAACGUACGAAAGCUUUCGAACGUGACCUUGAUUUUUAUUUAGGAAAAGGAUGGAUGAAAAACUACACUCCUAGGGACAGUGUUAUCAAAUAUCUGAUGCGUUUAAGGGAAAUAGAAGAUACUGAUCCUACAUUACUGGCAGCAUACAUUUAUCAUCUGUAUAUGGGUCUUCUUAGCGGAGGGAUCAUUUUACGUAAAAAAAGACUACUUAUGAAAAAAAUUUUACCGUUCAAAGAUAUUCAGACGGACGGUAAUAAUAUUACAGAUUUUGAAAGUAACAGUAUCUUUGAACUUAAACGAAAUAUGCGCGAUACAAUGAACAAGAUUGCAGAAAUGUUGGAUGAAGAUACAAAAAGUAAACUUCUUGAAGAAAGUAAAAUAGUUUUUGCAUUAAAUAAUGAAAUUAUCAAAAGUGUGCGUGGUACUGGUAGUAUACUUUCUAGAAAAAUACUUUGUUUUACUACUGUUUCUGUGUUAAUUCUCGUCGUCUUCCUUGUUCUCUUCAAGUAAUAAACAAUAUUAAAUCUAUUUUUCAAAGCUAUGUACAUAGAAAUUUUUGACAACUGUAUUAUGUAAAAAAUUUUUUCCCAAAUACAGUAGCGCCCACUUAAGUGUUCGCGGUUAUCCCCACCAAUUCUUGGAAGCCGCUUGUUAUCGAUACAUUGUAUAUAUUAUGAUUUCGAGUGCCAGCUAUUGUAUCUCACUCGCACUUAUCCUCUUUUCUAAUCUCCGUUGAAUUCUGAGAAGCCAAACGAGCGCGGGCAAUUAAAUGGGCACUACUGUAUGUGCACAUGAACACGCUCAAGCAGAGAAUCAGAUAUUCACACUCUAUGUGUAAAAUAAGCUGUUUCUAUAUUGCUCACAAAUGUGAUUAUUGCUACGUAAAAAUUUUUUGUUAGAUAAAAAAUAAGUAAAACUUGUAAAAUAGAAAUAUGUGUAAUGUUAUGUAUGCUUCAAUAAUUUUUUGAUGGUUGUAAACAAAUUAUUGUAUCGUUUGUAUGGUAUAUAAUCUGUACACGUGUUACUUUCAAUUUUACUUAAUUAACGGACGCUUUCGUUGCCGUGUUUAAACUGCACAACCGUGAACGUGUGAUUAAAA